AAGCAUUUGCUUUUUGUGGUGCGCAAAAGUUACUUGUCGAAUCUGUGACAUGCCGUGCAACGACGCCUUAGGAUACUCCGUAUUGCUCGCACGGUGGUAAUGUGGAUACAACGAAUACACUUCCUUGCAGCUUGGACGGUUGCAGCCGGGCUACCGAACGCAGUGUGGAUCUACGGAGAAUGCGAAAUAUUCUCCAAGCACGCAGGCACAUUGUGGAGCGCCACCAAUCUCGUGUCGACGAUGCCAUGGAAGAAUACGUUAAGGCUGUCUUCUAUUAAACAGUAUUUGUGUGUCCUUUUUACAAGCCCUGUAGGAGGCUGCGGGGCGCAAUACAGAAGACUUGUGGCAUGUGAUAGGGCUAGAGCCGAUAACAAGCAAACAUAGUUAUU